AUGCUGUCGAGAACGAGUAUCAGUCGAAGCUGCACAAAGGCUUUGCAGCGACACUGCGUCUGUCGUCGAACACAAAUACGAAAUCUUGCAGCAGCAGCUUCUGGGAGCUUCCAAUAUGAGACCGGAGAAGAAGCAGGCGUCAAAUAUGCAAGCAGAGAUUUGCCAGGCCCUACUACGACCUUGACCGUGGUAGCCAAAGCUGGAACAAGAUAUCAGGCUCAGCCAGGAUUCUCGGAUGCACUGGAGAAGUUUGCAUUCAAGUCAACCACGAGGCGAUCAGCGGUGAGAAUGAUCAGAGAGGUUGAGCUUCUCGGCGGCGACCUUUCUGCUUAUCAUUCACGAGAGAAUCUUGUCAUCCGCGCCAAGUUCCUUCGAGAAGAUUUAGCCUACUUUACCGAGCUCCUGGCGGAUGUGAUAUCGAAGACGAAGUAUGCACCGCACGAACUCAACGAACAGGUCGUGCGGGUUAUGAAAUUGGGUCAGAAACACCUACUCGCCAACCCGUCACACAUGGCGAUCAAUUCAGCACAUGGUCUAGCCUUUCAUCGUGGCCUUGGUACUCCACUUUAUCCCACCUCUUCCACAACGUUCUCCAAGUACCUAGACUCGGAAGAAAUCUAUAAUUUCGCUCUUUCAGCAUACUCAAAAUCUAACAUUGCAGUGGUUGCCAACGGUACAAGUCAAUCUGAGCUGUCGAAAUGGGUUCGUGAAUUCUUUGAGGACGCGUACACUGGUGGGAGGAAACUCGAAAGCCCUCCAAGCAAAUAUUACGGGGGCGAGGAGAGAAUUGCGCAUGACAAGGGCAAUGUCAUGGUCAUUGCCUUCCCUGGAUCGAGUUCAUUCACCUCUGGCUCCUCUUGGAAACCGGAGAUCGGGGUUCUGGCUGCUCUGCUAGGCGGUCAAUCCAGCAUCAAAUGGACCCCUGGUUUCUCGCUUUUGGCCAAGGCUGCAUCUGAGCACCAGCAUGCACAUGUUUCAACUCAGAACCAUGGCUACUCCGACGCUGGUCUGUUGGCUGUGACAGUGACCGGUACUGCUUCUCAUGUUGGAAAGGCGAGCCACAGCGUGGUGGAGGCAUUGAAGAAGAUUGCAUCUGGUGAUGUGAGCGGGGAAGAUAUCAAGAAGGCAACUGCCCUUGCCAAGUUCCAAGCCCUGGAGACAGGACAGGAUAUCAAUGCCGGCCUUGAGGCUACCGGGUCAGGCUUGAUUACUGGUGGAAAGGCAUACCAGAUUGAUGAAAUAGGGCAGGCGAUUGACAAGGUUGGCGAGGACAAGGUGAAAGCGGCCGCAAAAUCCUUGCUCGACACGAAAGCUACCGUGUCGACUGUUGGUGAUCUAUUCGCCCUGCCCUACGCCGAGGACAUUGGUCUCAAAAUAUGA